AAAAAAUGGAACCGUAAGGUACUUGUGCCCCAGUGGCCUAAUGGAUAAGGCACUGGCCUCCUAAGCCAGGGAUUGUGGGUUCGAGUCCCAUCUGGGGUGUCAGUGACAUUUUCCCCCCCUCAGAGACAGUCACACAUCUAUCGUUUGUAACUUGAAAUGCCAAUUCUUUGCACUGCACUGUAAACAGUGGUGAUAAAAAAAAAGGCACAUUUUUGGUAGAAAACAACAAGAAUAUACCUGCAUAAAUGAAGGAGUAUCUCGCUAAACUGUGGAUAUUGUUCAACACUUUGGCUGCAUCAGGACACACUUGGCGCCUUCAUGAGGCCACUGUGUACUGGGAUGCUGCCCAGAAAAGGGUGAUCCUAAAGGAGGAUGUGAUGGAGACAGAGGGGGGUGCCUAUGGCUACUUCAAUGAUACUCUGCACUUAACCGGAUGGGGCAUCUUGGAAAUUUGCGCCGGUUUUGGAAAUGUCCAACAGGAAGACGAGACAACCUUCUUCCUGGCUGGCUACCUGGAAGGCUACUUCACUGCCAAACAGAUGUUUAACCAUUAUUCCAACGUGUACCCUCAGCUAAUAAAGGACGAGAAGGUUCUGAAUCCAUUGGAAAGCUUCUUAAGCGAACAGGAUCAAUGGGCCAGAGAGCAGGUAAAACUGAGGAAGAACAGUGAACCCUUGUGGAACUACUUGGGACUGAUCUUGGCCCAACUGGACGGUCUCAUAGCUGGAGCUGCAUCGUGGGCCAAAAGCAAACACACAGAGCCUCUGUCAGUGUUUACGGUACAGUUUCUGAAUAGUGUUGGCGACCUCCUGGACCUCGUCCCUGCUCUAACACCCCGCCUCAACUCUGCCGGGCCCAAGUCUUUCAGUAUUCAAGGGAUGGGCCACUGCACGGCUCUCAUAAAGGUGACGCCUGGUUUUGAGAACCUGCUGUUGGGUCACUCCAGCUGGUACAAUUAUGCAUCCACCAUGCGCAUCUACAAACAUUGGAACCUCAGGGUGUCCAACAUGCACGUAGCCACGGGAAAGAUGUCGUUCAGCAGCUACCCUGGCUUCCUUACGUCUCUGGACGACUUCUACCUCCUUGGUAGCCGCCUACUGGUUACUCAGACUUCAAUCGGUGUUUUCAACGCCUCCUUGUUCUCUCAGCUCAGCCCUCACAGCCUGCUGGCCUGGCAGAGAGUCCGCCUGGCCAACAGCUUGGCGCGCAGCGGUGAAGAGUGGGCGCAGAUCUUCUCAAAAUACAACUCAGGUACAUAUAACAGCCAGUACAUGGUGGUGGACCUGAGUAAGAUCUCACUCGGUCACAGCAUCAGAACUGGAGCUCUGACUGUUGUGGAGCAGAUUCCCGGGAAGGUGAUGCACUCUGACCAGACCCAAACUUUGCGAGGAGGGUACUGGCCGUCCUACAACAUUCCAUUUCAUGUUGAAAUCUACAACCUGAGUGGAUACAGCGUGAUGUGGACAAAACAUGGUGAAGAUUUCUCUUAUGACCUUUGCGCCAGAGCUAAAAUCCUGCGCAGGGACCAGGCCAAGGUGUUUGAUCUCAGGUCCCUCAAGUACAUAAUGAGAUACAACAACUAUAGGAGAGAUCCUUAUGCCAAGGGCCAUCCAUGUAAAACCAUCUGUUGCCGUAACGACCUGCGACCAAGGAGACCACGGCCAGGUGGUUGCUACGACACUAAGGUGACCGACUACCAGAUGGCUCUCCAGCUGGCAGCAGAGGCAAUAAACGGCCCCACGAUCCAGGGGGGGUUACGACCAUUCACAUGGCUCUCCUUCAACCUCACAGCUCACGACGGCCUUCCUUACAAGUACAACUUUACUUUUAUCACCGUGAGACCCGCUCUGCACAAGCCGUAAACGUACCAGCCCUCUAAUCCAUAGCUUAUAUUGUGUUAACGGUUUAGUUUGUGUGCUAGCAUUCAAACAACGGUUGCAGAUUGGGCAGCUACUUGGAUGUCAUGCAAAGCAUUGUUCCCUAGAGGAGGGAUGCUGUUGACCUUUUCCUCCAGCAUCACCAGCAAAUGUUAAUGUUUAACUGUCAGUAAACUGGUGAAGAGCCUGUUAACGUGUAACAUUGAAUGCACAGUCCGAUAUACACUCUAUGAAGCAUGAAGAUAUCUUUCUUCUAUAUUGUUAUACUGUACAUCUGAGUAGAAUAGAAUACCCUAAUCUGUACAUGUACAACCAAACUGAAUGCAACCCUUCUCAUUUUAGUGUGUUGUAAAAGACUAAUACAAUUAAAGCUACAGUAAAAAAAAAUGAAUAUUUGACAUGUGUUUAAUUGUAUUUCUGGACUGUAUGUGUCAAAAAUGUUUAAAACAAAAAAAUACUGACAGGUUAGUCAAAAAACCUUUUCAUGAAUAAUUGUAUUUAUUCAUUUUAGCACAACAUAAUUGUGUGUCAAUGUAUUUUUCGUCUGUUAUUUAUGAUUCCUUUUUUGCAGUACUUUUGAUUAGGGACGGCGUGGCGAAGUUGGUAGAGUGGCCGUGUCAGCAAUGGGAGGGUUGUUGGUUACUGGGGUUCAAUCCCCACCUUCUACCAUCCUAGUCACAUCUGUUGUGUACUUG